ACCACAUUUCCGUAAUAACACGACCUGAAGAACGAAGCAGACGAAGUGGUUGAUUUCAGAGGAGUUUUUUCCCAGAUAGCAACCUAGGAAAACCAGAGAUAUUCAGCCAGUUCACUAGAUUAUUACUUCAGUAUACCUGUUUACAGUACAGAUAGUUGUAUAAAAGUCAAACUAGGUGGAGAUAACUCCAGUUAAAAGCUAAACAGACUUUUGGUGCUGUAACCUGGUUUCGUGUUAGAUAAUUUGAUGUCUAAGAACACUCAAAAUGGUGAAAACCUUUCAAGCAUAUUUGCCAAACAAAUGUCACCGCACUUAUAGCUGUGUUCACUGUCGAGCUCACCUAGCCAAUCACGAUGAGUUGAUAUCUAAGUCAUUUCAAGGGAGUCAAGGGAGAGCUUACCUGUUUAAUUCUGUUGUAAAUGUGGGCUGUGGUCCUGCAGAAGAAAGAGUAUUACUAACAGGCUUACAUGCUGUAGCAGAUAUAUUCUGUGAAUGCUGUAAAACUACACUCGGCUGGAAAUAUGAACAUGCCUUUGAAUCUAGUCAAAAAUACAAGGAAGGAAAAUUCAUUAUAGAACUAGCCCACAUGAUCAAAGACAAUGGAUGGGACUGACGACAGAUAAAUGUUAUAUGACCAGAUCAUAUCAUUUUUUUUCAGAAUCUUGUGCAUUGCGACAUAUGGACGCUUAAUGGUUCAUUACUUUUGAAUGUAGUGUUCAUGGAUAGAAUAGUGCUAAGUUCAAACUGGACACUGUAUGAAAGAAUGUUCAUUUUCCUCCGUUGUAUCCGGUGCACAAUCACCAUCAUCAAAACUGGAUACAUGUGAUCAUUUGGAGUGAUUUAAUUGGUUGAUUAUUUCAGUAUAUGUUGUAGAGUUUGAUUCAACAUGCUUUAUUAUUCAGAAAGUGUUUAGUAUAUACUUUUGUAUGUAUGAAAUUCUUUGACCUACCAUAAGUCAAGGUAGUCUGAAAUUGAUGUAAAGAGUUGCAGUCUAAGGUAGACUACUCAAUUUGUAAACAGAUAAAAUAUUUGAAAUUAAUUUUUCAAGUAGAAAGUGUUCAUGAAGUUUAGAUUUUAGAUCAGGAAACUCUGAUAACAAUUUUCAACAUCUUAGUCAGAGAAUGAAAAAAAAAGACUUUAUACUAAAAUAAAGAUUGAAACUAUAAAUCGUGAAGAAAUUCCUAUUAAGAAAUAAGAAUUAUGUCAGAUUGCAUGUAUAUGAAAAUAAGCAUUAAUUGGAUCUCACACUCCUUUACUUUAUCUCAGGAAAUAUUUAACUUCACUGCUUGUUAUGGUGAGGGAUGAUAACAUAAUAACGAACAAUAUGUCAUUUGGUUUCCAGCUUUUCAUUAAGAAGGAAUUAUUGUAUUAAUUGUCAUAACAGAAUAAAUAAUUAAGAAUCCGUCACAGCAUUUAUAUAAAAUUGGGUUCCCCAUGUCUCCUCUCUUUCAUGUUUUUUUUAACACUACAUGUGUCUAGUGUUCAGAGUCCAUAUUAUCUUGUAGGCUUGAAAUUUGAGACUGUUCCAUUAUACUUAUAAACUUUAUAAUGAAGCUCUUCAGGAAAACAGCAAACUAGUCUGUGUUCUGACUUAAAUAUCAAACACUGUAAACAUUUAUGUUUAAUUUUUAAAAAAAAGUUCAUACAUCUUGUACAAUAGAAAAAUCUUGUACCAAUAGAAAACAUUGAGUAGUUCUAAGAGUAUUAUUUUAAGACUCUUUAUUUUCCUCAUUUAGUUUAACAUGUUUAAAGAAAAGAAACUUAAUGAAGAAAUCCUUUUGACUGUUGUUAUAAGUAUAAUGAAGGGAACAGCUAUACAAAAAUAUAGUUCUGGUGGUUAUUAACUUACAUGUAUAACAUGUAACACUUUAUUUCAUGUAGCUAAAAGUUGUCAGAAUUGUAAGCACUUGAUAUUGAAGUAAAAUAAGAUGUACAUUUGGUUCCUAUUACAUGUAUGCUCUUUACCCAUAUAUUAGCCUUAAUAUUUCAUUUAAGUUUUAUGUGGUAGAACAAAUUGUAUGAAAUGAUGCAGAAUAAUAGAAAAUUUCUGAAAAGGAUAAAAAUAAACAUCAACAAGACGGACGGACGGACAAAGACCAAUUUUUAUCAACAAAAUAUGAAAAUCUUAUGCACAUGUAAAUGAUUACAUGGCAUUUUCCUAGUAUUUAGUUAAUUUAACAGUCUUUUUCUGUCUGAUUGCAAAAUAAAAGUUUUUUUAGUUAUUUAAUUUUUUAUUUCUUUUCACAUGUUUCAAAUACUAAAUAUUAAAAAGAAAUAUUUCUCUUCUGAUUGUUUUGUUUUAUUUAUUUAUGUCAUAGCUACUUUGAAUACCCUGUUUUGUUCAUAGAAUGUAAUAAGAACCACAUGCAUACUUUAUUUAAGCCUUAUUAUAAAAAAAAUAUUUUUUUGUAAAACUAUUUGAAUUAUUUUAUGUAAAGUUAUUUGUAUGUGAACAAUUGAACAAGAAACUUAUAAUACUUGUAUCUAUUUGAUGCAGUAGAAAAUGAUAGUAAUAAAGGUGACCAUUAUAUUGCCAAUUACUAAACAGAUUAAGCAUCAGUAAUAAACACUACUUGAUAGACGGUCAAUUUUCAAACAUUUAUUAUAAAAUUUUACAAUAUUAUUUAAGUUACUAGGCAUUUUAUGACAAAAUAACAAUUUUUUUCUUUCAUAAUUUCCUCUUCAUCUUUGAAUAUUGUCUUAGAGCUAUCUCCAAUCACAUUAUUUGUGUAAGAAUUUUGGACAUUUAAUUAUUUAAAUUCAUUUAAGGUAAUAUUGUAGCACAGACAAAAAAUGAUUAUUUAUAUAAUGCAAUUUCCAUUUUUUACAAAAUUAUCUGAAAUGUUUGUCAGUUUGAUUGUCGUAAUACUUCAGGUUCUGCAAAAUUCUCAAAUUUUGUAAGUGUUAGUCCCAAAAAUUAAAAAAAAAAAAAACACAAGAAAGUAUGCAGUACUGGUAUCAACCCAACAAUUCAUAUACAAAAAAGGUAGACAACUCCUGUGGUGAAAAGAGGUAAUACUUUACAAAAAUUUAAAAUGUAAUAGUGUAAACAACAGAGAUACCUGAAUAACAAUAUAUUUAACAUUCUUAUGGUUAUAAAAGUAACUUUUGAAUAUUGAACCCAUAUACAACAACACCACAAUCUUUAUAUCAGAAAAUAAAGAAUGCUUACAAUCAAAUUCAUUUAAGAUGAAAACUUAAUUUUUGUAUUCAUAGAAUAUUAAAGGAAAUUUUUUUAUGAUGAUGUCAUUUUGUAGAUCUAUAAAAAAAGUUUCAAGUAAUAUUUGCCACAAAACACAUAUGAAAUGAAAAUAUAUUUUUUUAAUUGUUGUGAUAUGACAAAAUUUUUAUAAAAUGACAUUGUAAAAGUUAUCAGUAAAGUCUUUCAAUUUUUGAAGUCAAAGUUGACUUACCACAUUGUUUUAUAUAACCACAGUAAUGUUUGAAUCUCAAUACAUUAACCAUCACACAUGUCAUGUUUUUCUCUUCAUAUUUUGUUUGGGUUUUCAUAUUUUGCAGGAUACAUGAACUGAAUAGAAUUGCUGGCUCUGAAUGUCAUAAUUUGUCAUUUGAAUGAGUAAUUCUGUUAUUUCAUUUAUUGUCAGAUAAUGAACAUGAAGGUUUGCAUCAUAAACCUAAGAGAUUAAAGAACUGUGGGAGUAAGAUGGAAGUCAGGUGUAAUCCAAGGAUGAAAUAAAUUAUGAUAAAGAUCUAAAAAGUGUUAUAAGAUGAUGCAUAAGUGAAUUAACUCAUUUUUCAUUACACAUGCAUAUAUUGUACAAAUCUCAUAUGAAUAUCAUGUGACCUUCUAAUUUAAGUGCUGUAAUACUUGUCUUUGCUGUCUUUCAUUAACAUUAUGUCUCAUGUUGUGUGCUUUUUUUUUGUAGUGCUGAGUAUACUGCUCCAUUAUGUUAAUAUUUUUGUUUGUAUUAAGAUAUCUGUCUUAUAAAGUGGCAAGCCAGAUGUGCUUUUUUAUGUACACAAGACUCAUCAGUGGUGCUUGAAUCAAAGCAGUCUGAAGGCCAAAUCAUUUACAAUUUGAAGUAAAGAAUCUGUGCCUUUUGGUAGAAAAACCUAAGUAUUGCAAACAAAUAGAUAUCAACAUUACCACAAUACAUUUAGAAAUAUAUAUCAUGAAAGUGUGAUGUAAACAUCUCUUUAUUUUUAUGGUUAAUCUACUAGUGUACAAGUUGAUUCAAGAGCCACGAUUUUGAUUUGAGCAUGAUGCCCUUUAAUUUUGGUUGUUAUUUCUAUAAUUGUGAUAAUCCCCUGUUUUUCUUUUGUCUGAGUACAAGACAACAUUUAUAGAGUUUUGUAAAUAUUGAUAUUAAUGAGCUGGAUAACUUAAGGCUAAAAAAUUUACAGUAUGAAGAUUAUUUUAAUUGAUAGAUCUGUAAAGUUUCAAUUUGUUGUGAUCACCAGAUAUGUUGCAAUUAACUGAUAAUACCUGAUUAUUUAUCAUUUAUUUUUGAGUGCUUUCCUUGGUUUAAAUUUAAGUGCUUGUUUUUUUUUUUAUAUUUAUUAAUUUGGGAUAUUAAUGUAAUGGAGCAGUAUAUUAGAAAUGAUUGUUGUGUAUAUAUAUAGUGUAAAUGUGAUCAGUUUUAGAUGUGAUAAACAUACCAUCAAUGUUUGAUGUGUACAGUGAUAUAUAUACAUAUAUUAUAUAUAGUGUUUUUUUCUGAAUUGUUUGAAGUUUUAGUUCUUAGACUGAUACAGUCUUAACUGUUACAUUGAUUUUAUUUAUUAUUUUGUUAAUGUUUGUUGUUAACUUGGAAAAUUGUUUUAUCUAAAAAAAUAAGGAAAAAAUAGCCAUUUGCCAAAUAUUGCUUACUUAAAUGUUCAGUUGAAACUUGAGAAUUCAUUUCUGGCAACUGUGAACAAUAAAAUAAACAAUCUUUUCUUGAGACAUCAUUGGGAUUCUAAGAGGUAGAAACUGAUAAACUUUACUCUGAAAUUAACUUCAUGGUAAUAAUGUUUUGUAACUGUCAAAAUUUUACUCUUUCAAGUAAGCAAAAUAAAAACUUAUUGAAAAUAAAUUGAAUACAGAUUUUAGUUUUAUUUUGGAUAUUAUGAUCUUAUGCUCUUUGAUGUUGUAGAAUCUGGAAUGUGGGUAGUAACUUUGAUUAAUUUUACAUGCAUUGGUUAUAUAUACUGAUUACUUCAAUAUUAUGUUGUUCACAAAUACCAGACUUUUUGUUUUCAAUUGUUUCAUUAUAUUGGGACGGUUACUUCAUUUUAAAAAGAGUAAAUUUUCUGAUUGUCCUUUUUUUAAAAGAAGAAAGUCAAUUACUUGAACAAUGUGCCAUUGGAUAAUAAAAUUUUGUAUGGAAUUAAAAUUUUUAUUUAGCUAAUUUAUGAAGACUAAAAGAAUGAUUUUUUUCUGUCUUGCUAUUGAAAAAAAAAAAUCUAAAGCUGUCUGUUAUUUUAUUUGAAGAAAACAACCAGUAAAGCUUUACAAAUACCAGAUAUUUAAACUGUUAAAGUAAAUUAGUAAGAACUUGACACUUCUUUGUCAACAUUUUUCACUUCUAAGAUUAAUUAGUUUAUUGUGUGAAAUGCAUUUGUACAUACACAACCUGUAGAAGAUUUUGAGAAUUCCUCAUCAAGAUUGUACAUGAGUUUUAUGUGAUUACUUUUCAUUGUCACAUUGGUAAGAAUGAUACUAGGCUGAACGGCUUUGCAAUAAAUAUCUAAAUAUUGUA